CCGUUUUCUUGUUCCCAACCUGCAAGAGGGUUAAGGGUUUAAGCCUUCUUCAUCUCAAAUCCAAAACCCUCACUUCACCCAGUUCAGUUCACUCUGCUCAUGUCCAAACCCAUCUCUCAAAUCUCGUUCUUCGUCCAACCCAUCUCUUCAGUUUCGUUUAUGAACAGACCCAUCUCUUCAAUUUUCCAUCUUUCCUUUCCUCGAAUCCAUGGCGAAGUUCUCAGAGCAUGUUAUCUCAGUUAGCAAGUUCAUUCAGGAAGACAACCAUUUUGAGAAGGCGAGGCUGUUACAGAAGCGGGUUCGGAUCAUCCUCACCGACCCGGACGCCACCGAUUCCGACAGCGACGACGACGAGACCUCCGUCGUGCGCAGAGUCAAACGACAUGUCAAGGAGAUCAACUUCCAGCCGGCUUCCUCUUCUUUUAAGCAGUUGAAGACUGAGCAGCGGCCGGAGACCCGACCCGAUCCAGAGUUAGUGAAACCGUAUCCGGGUCGGAAGAGGCAUUUCCGGGGCGUGAGGCAGAGGCCGUGGGGUCGUUGGGCCGCGGAGAUCCGUGACCCGGUUCAGAGGAAGCGGCUUUGGCUUGGGACCUUCAAUACCGCCGAGGAAGCCGCCAUUAUAUACGACAGAGCUGCCGUUAAGCUCAGAGGUCCUGACGCCGUCAUUAACUUUCCUAACGCCGUUACGACGGAUGAGGAGAAGACCGUUGCUGCAGAGGAGGUCCCCACCGCGCAUGAAGAGGAAAGAAGCUGCGGCUCGACUGCCACGUGUGACUCGUCUCUCAAUGAAGAGCCGGCGUUAUCUCCCACGUCGGUGCUCCGUUACGAAGAUCCCGCCCCCUUUGACGGGUUCCGUUACUGCGACGUCCACGCCUUCGGGUUCGAGUACGACGUGCCGUUGCUGAAUCUGUCGGACAUCAUGGUUCCGGCGAACAACCACGACGAGUUCGGCGAGUUUGACGUCAAUGACUUCCUGGUCGACGUCAUCUCCUAAAUCGAGGAGUGCAUCCCGCGUGUCCUUUCCCACCAAGAUACGUGGGGUUGCCAGGGAGUGUUUGGUAAUUUUGCUGUUGCUGCUGGAGGGGACUGUAGUGUGACGUCAGUGUUGAACUAGGAACGCAGGCCGAGUGUGCUUAAAUUCCAAAGAUACCCCCGGCUGUUCCUGGUCAAACCACGGAGUGUGAUUAGUGAUAUGAGUAAGGGUAAUGCCGAGUUUGAUAUAAUCGGCGAUUUUGUGAGGAAUAUUAUUAACUAGCUACUUAUGUAUGAAAAUAUUAUUUAUUAAUUAUUAUUUAUAUAUAUGAGACUACUAUGAGUAGUGUUCAGUAUCA